AGAACUCCGUUAGCGCGUGCUAACGAGAAUUUCAUGCCCUUCUCGUUUAUUUUGACAAUCGAAUAACAAACAUCACUUGCAGUCAAAAUCGCGCCACUACGCACAUGACAGAAGCGAUGGAGAAGAUAGAGAUUGUGAAAAUAGAAGAAUGUACUGACAAAACUGUACUUAUUGACAACACUACAGAAAUCUUAUUUGAUACUAACAGUUCACAAGGUGAACCCGUGAUUAUAGAUGAUGGGACAGAUACAAAUACUAAUAAUGUUAUUUCAGUUUUAGCCAUUGAUUAUGAAUGUGUGACAUGUCAUCGUGUCUUCCAAUCUGAGGAUAUGCUGAAGGAGCAUUUGGACAUGUGCAGAGAGGAAGAUGAUUCAACCAACAUUAUAGAAUUGACUACCAUGGCAACUUAUGAUUCCGAAGAUGAUGAGGAUGAUCCUGAAGCUGAGCCAGAUUUAGAUACUGAUGAUUCAGAAUCUAAGAAUCAGAAGAACAAUAAUGAGAGACCUGUAAUCAAGCCUGUAUCCGAAACGCAGUGCCAUUGCUGCGCGGAAGACUUGAAGACUGCACACAGCGGCGGAGAGUUCAUAUGCUCCCAAUGCGAUCUCAGUUUCAAGAAGAAAGCGUCUUUGGACAGACACGUUAUUGUUAUACACUGGACGUGCGAUUCGUGUAAAUGCGACGAAUGCGGAUCUACUUUUCGCGAUAAGAAAACAUUAAACAAACAUCGUUAUACAACACAUGGAGAUCGCAAAAUUUUUAGAUGCGCGCCUUGCGACACUUAUUUUUCCCGGAGUUAUCACUUGAAUCGGCAUAUAAUGCAGUCUGGUUGUCACGGAACUAUACUUAAUAUGUAUAAUUGUCAAGUCUGCAAUAAAGCUUUCACCCGCAAAGACAAUUUGCGCGAACAUUUGCGCACUCAUGCGGGAACACCCCAGAGGCAAAAGAAAGCCUGUAAAUACUGUCCGAAAGAGUUUUACACCAAUCAACAGCUGAUAGUGCACGAGCGCAUGCACACGGGAGAACGACCGGUCCAAUGCGAUUUGUGCCCGAAGACAUUCCUCUCAACGCUCGCAAUGAGAAAACAUCGUCGUGUACACACGGGGGAGAAGCCGUUUGAAUGUAGAUUUUGUCAGAAAAAAUUCGGCGCUCGGGAAACACUGAAUCGUCAUCAUCGGACUCACACGGGCGAGAAACCGCAUGUGUGCAAGUAUUGCGGCAAAUCGUUUAUACAGCCGGCUCAAUUAAGAGCGCAUGUGUUUCAUCACACCGGUGAAAACGGUUACACUUGCGACGUGUGCGGCAAGGUGUUCAAUCGCAAGGGACGUUUGAGCAUUCACAAGAAAUUCGUGCACGAAGGUGCGAUACCAUUUUCGUGCGAGAUCUGCGAAAAGGGUUUCACACGAAAGGAAGAUUUGGUGAAACACGCGGUGUUACACACCGGAGUCAAACCAUUUAAAUGCGACAAGUGUCCGAAAGCCUUCUCGGCGAAGUCAUCUCUACAAGCUCACCUCAACACUCAUAGACGUGAGCCACCUCAGUCGUGCGUUGAAUGCAACAGAGUAUUUAUUCGGCAGGAUUGCCUGAUGCGACAUAUUCGGGCAAAGCAUCGGGAAUUGCUGGAAGACGUGAUGAACGAGGUCGAGACGAAGCACUUGCAGGCGCAAUUGUACAAUAUCGCGGCGAUUGCCGCAGCCAAAACAAAAACCGGAGAAUCCAGAACUCUUUCAACCGAUGAAUUAUUGAAGGCUAUUAUGGAUCUUUUGAAGGUGCUAAUUGACGAGGAAACUUUACAAUUGUUUGGCUGGCCAGACGCGCCGAUACAGGAUGUUCUCGAAGCCGUGAUCAGAAGAUGCGGAUGUGAUCCGGUAACGUUGGAAUCCUGUGUUUUGUUCACCGAUAGACUCCGGCAGAACAUCAAGAUUUUGUUUAACGUCGUCAUUGAAGACGACAGUGUAAAAUCUCUUUUGACAACAUCAACAGUGGACGAUGUUAUUUUACACGUUCUAGAAAUAUCUAAUCGAUCAUCGAAUUAGAUACAAAAAUAUGUUAUUAAUGAUGUCGUAAAGAUGUCGUAAGAUUAUGAAAUAUUUGUACAAUUUAUUGCAGUGUAUAAUUGAACGUUGUUAAGAAUUUAGUACUUGGUUCUUCUCUUUCAGGUUUAAACGCGGUGACACCUAUGUUUAUGUAUAUUUAGCAAGUUUUAUUCUUGACACAUUGUUACUAUCGUUAUUAUGUGUAGUGGUUAUUAAGUUCGGUAUUUACAUAUAUAUAUAUAUAUAUAUCAUUUAUUUUUUUAUUGCAAACAAAAG